UCGGGAGCAUCACUCGUGAGCACGCGCACUCUGUUCUCUUUCUGUAAUAGAAGAAUAAGCAGUAGAUCAUCCAGGAGUAACGAUGAGUAGCGCGUCCAUGGUGCACUUCUCGUCCUCCCGCUCCGGCGGCUUCUCGUCCUCGUCGCUGUCUCUGGGUGGCGGCGCGCACAAGCGCAUCUCCUCGGUGCGCUCUCCCAGCGUGUACGGCGGCGCGGACGGCCGCAGCGUGCGCGUCUCCACGAGCUACCAGCAGCAGCAGCACGGCGGCAUGUUCGGGGGCUCCUCGUUCUCCGUGGACGCAGGGAUGUCGGGCAACGAGAAGUACACCAUGCAGAACCUCAACGACCGCCUGGCCUCCUACCUGGAGAAGGUGCGCGCGCUGGAGAAGGCCAACGCGCAGCUCGAGCUGAAGAUCCGCCAAUGGUACGAGAAGCGCGCGCCCGUCUCGCGUGACUACAGCCACUACAUGACCACCAUCAACGACCUGCGCAACAAGAUCAGGACAGCCAGCCUGGAGAACGCCAAGAUCAUUCUGAACAUCGACAAUGCCAAGCUGGCAGCAGAGGACUUCAAAGUCAAGUAUGAGAACGAGCUGUCGCUGCGUCAGUCCGUGGAGUCUGACAUCAACGGGCUGCGGCGCGUCCUGGACGAGCUCACCAUGAACCGCUCCGACCUGGAGAUGCAGAUCGAAGGCCUCAAAGAGGAGCUGAUCUACCUGAAGAAGAACCACGAAGAGGAAUUGGCGGCUGUGCGUUCUCAGAUGUCCAGCAGCAGCGUGAACGUAGAGGUGGACGCCGUUCCUCAGGAGGACAUGUCUCUCGUCCUCAACGAGAUGCGCUCACAGUACGAGGGCAUUGUCGAGAAGAACCGCCGUGAAAUGGAGGCCUGGUACAAGGUCAAGUUUGAUGACCUUGGCAAGCAGGUGAAGAUGAGCACUGAGACCAUCGAGACACACCGCAGCGAGAUCAGCGACCUCAAGAGAACCCUGCAGGCACUGCAGAUUGAGCUGCAGUCUCAGCUUAGCCUGAAAUCGUCUCUAGAGGGCACACUGCUGGACACAGAGAACCGCUUCAGUGCGCAGCUCAACCAGAUGCAGGUCCACAUCAACAAGCUGGAGACAGAACUUUCACAGAUGCGUCUGGACAUCGAGAGGCAGGCGAGUGAAUACAACGUGCUGCUGGAUAUCAAGACCAGGCUGGAGCUGGAGAUCGCUGAGUACAGACGCCUGCUGGACGGAGAGGACUUUAGCAAGAAAACCACAGUGACCAAAGUGGUUGAGGUUCGCCAGCCUCCUCCCAAGCCCGAGCCCGUGGUGACCAAGCGCAUUCGCACCGUCGUCGAGGAAGUGGUCGAUGGCAAGGUCGUGUCUCGCACUGAGGACGUGGACGUCUCUGUCCUGAACAAAAAAUAGGAUCAUAUACCCACCCAGUGCAAUGCCAUGACCAUGUAACAUGCCAAGAUAAAUAAUAAAAAAAGAAGUGGGAAGCAAAGUGAACAGUGAGAAAGUGACCGUCUGUGUGUGGAACAUCAACAUCAACAUCUGUAACUGCAGACGAGAAAAAAAUAAAAACAAAUGCUUUCAUCAG